UAAAAAACGUCUGUGGUGGAGCCGGGAGGCGGGCAGGGAUCCCCGGAAAGCCAUGGCCAGAGACGGGUGUUCUGGGACUCAGCGGAGGUUGGAGCUUUCCUAACAAUCUGGUGUCUUCUCCUGAGAAGCCCAAGCGUUCUUCCUUCCCACUCCUCCACAAAAAGCUCCAGAGAAAUCGCAGCACCAUGUACACUUUCCUGCCYGAGAGCUUCACACCRGUGAAGCAGAAGCCCUCCAAGGAGCUGAGGCCCAUGCUGGGGGCCAUCCUGCUGGGCCUGAUCCUGUUCAUUGCCGCCGUGGUGGCCUGGUGCUACUACACGGUGUCCCUGCGGAAGGCGGAGCGGCUCAAGACGGAGCUGAUGGACCUGCGGGCGGACGGCUUCGUCAUCCGCAACCAGCACGGGGAGGUGGUGUUCCGGCUGGCYUUCCGCUCGGGCAGCCUGGACCUGGAGUCGUGCUCCAAGGAGGGCGAGAUCCUGAGCUGCUCGCGCUCCAGCCGGGGGCCGCUCAACUUCUUCAUCCAGACGGUGAAGCCCAAGGACACGGUGAUGUGCUACCGCGUGCGCUGGGAGGAGCUGGCGGCCGGCCCGGCCGUGGAGCACACCAUGUUCUGGGAGGACGCCCACUGGUACGGGGGCUCGGAGAUGAGCACCCAGCACUGGCCCAUCCGCCUGGCCGGCUACCAGGAGCCCGUGCCCUACGUCACCAGCGACGUCUACUCCUUCCGCGACAGCUUCGGCGGCAUCCUGGAGCGCUACUGGCUCUCCUCCAAGGCGGCGGCCAUCAAGAUCAACGACUCGGUGCCCUUCCACCUGGGCUUCAACGCCACCGAGCGCGCCCUCUUCUUCCAGGCCCGCUAYAAGGACUCGCCCUACAAGCCYCCGCCRGGCCAGCAGCCCUUCCCCGAGCUCAGCUACCGCGUCUGCGUGGGCUCCGACGUCACCUCCAUCCACAAGUACAUGGUGCGCAGGUAUUUCAACAAGCCCUCCAAGAUCCCUGCYGAGAACGCCUUCCGAUACCCCAUAUGGUCCACCUGGGCCCUCUACAAGAAUGACAUUGACCAGGAUAAACUCUUGCGAUUUGCUGAAAAGAUCAAGAAGUACCAUUUUAACUGCAGCCACAUUGAGAUCGAUGACAUGUACACCCARGCCUAUGGGGACUUUGACUUUGACCCCGUCAAGUUCCCCAAYGUAACAGAGAUGUUUGCAAAGCUGAGRGAAGAUGGAUUUAARGUCACUCUGUGGAYUCAYCCYUUYAUWMACWWMRAUUCMYCSAAUUWUGRKGUGGGKAUMGAGYGUCAGCUGUUCAUCAAGGARCCCUCGGGGCGGCUGCCGGCCAUGGUGGAGUGGUGGAACGGCAUCGGGGCCAUCCUGGAUUUCACCAACCCCGCAGCCCGGGACUGGUUCCAGAGCCACCUGCGCCAGCUCCGGCACAAGUACGGCAUCUCGUCCUUCAAGUUUGACGCGGGCGAGACCAGCUACCUGCCCAAGCAGUUCAGCACCUUCCGCCCRCUGUCRGACCCCAGCAUCUGGUCCCGGCGCUACACGGAGAUGGCCAUCCCCUUCUACGAGCUGGCCGAGGUGCGCGUGGGCUACCAGUCCCAGAACAUCUCCUGCUUCUUCCGCAUCAUUGACCGYGACUCYGUCUGGGGCUACGAGCUCGGCCUCAAGUCCCUCAUCCCCACCGUGCUCACCAUCAGCAUGCUGGGGUACCCCUUCAUAUCUGCUGACAUGAUCGGGGGCAAUUUUUUCCCCAAUAAGACCAGYGGGGCGGUSGARAUCCCCGACCGGGAGCUGUACGUGCGCUGGCUGGAGCUGUCGGCCUUCAUGCCCUCCAUGCAGUUCUCCAUCCCGCCCUGGCUCUAYGACAAGCAGGUGGUGGAGAUCGCGCAGAAGUUCACGGAGCUCCACGAGUCGCUGGUGGCCCCGCUGCUGCUGGAGCUGGCGGGGGAGGUCACCGACACRGGCGACCCCAUCAUCCGCCCCAUCUGGUGGAUCUCGCCCCGCGACGAGGCCACUCACCGCAUCGACUCCCAGUUCCUCAUCGGGGACACCCUGAUGGUGGCCCCUGUGCUGGAGAUGGGCAAGCAGGAGCGCGAUGUCUACCUGCCAGCGGGCAAGUGGCGCAGCUACAAGGGGGAGCUGUUUGAGAAGACGCCGGUGCUGCUCACCGACUAUCCCGUUGACCUGGACGAAGUCGCCUAUUUCCUCUGGGUUUCCUAACAGGCUUCUUCAUCAGCUUUGGAAUAACCAUGCCUUACCUAGGACCUUCUAACAAAUAAUAAAUCUAAUUGCACAUUUCAUUUGAGACUGGGGUGGAGGAAGGKAAUAAAAUAGACUUCACUGUUCUUGGGGAUAAUUUUUUUUUUUAUUUGGGGAUUGAUUUUGUUUUUUUUUAAUUUGGGUCUGGUGGUAGGCUCUGAUUGGAUUCCAAUAGGCAGCAAUUUAUAGGUCAGAAGGGAGUUGUCAGUCUGUCUGCAGACAUGUAGUAAACCCAAUACCUUUUCAGUUCCCAAGGAUUUCCAGAGUUGGAAGUUGGUUAGUGCCAGUGGGAAGUGUUCCUCGUCUUGUAGAAGCACCUGGCACUGAGCGUGGGGGUGUGUGCUGUGGGAGGGUUGUUACAGCACAGCCUGCCCUAAGUUUUGCAAUAUGGCAAAUAUAUUCAAAAGGAUAUUUUUGAGAGCAUAAAGCAAAAUAGAGUUAUAUAUAUAUAUAUAUAUACGCACAUAUUUUUUCCCCCUCUUGACUAGCAUGGCACUGGACUAACGGUUGCCUCAUGCUCCUGCUUUCCUGGGUACCAGGUGGGCCAGGUUACUCAAGUGAUGCCCAUAUGUUCUAACUGAAUGGAUUGCUUAUUUCCUGCUGGGACAGCUGUGUCUCACCUGCUCCCCAGUUUGAGUCCCUCUACAAAACUCUUUUCUGUGUGUUUUGCCCAGGGCAUCAACACYGCCUCACCUAGAGCAGCACCACCCAUACCAACAUGUCCCAUUUUUAAAAGUGUUUAUGACCCCUCUUGGUCACAUGAUUAUCCUGCUGAUAUCAUCCCGUUUGGAUUUUAAGGACAGACGAGGUUUGUUGCUGGCAGAAGGGCUGCCUGGAGCCAAGCUGUCCUCAAACACUCCUUGCGGCGCUUCCCGGGGAACAGCCGGUUCCCACAAGCUGCACGUGUCACGGAUUGACAGGGACGUUUGCCGAUAGCUGGCUUGCCUGUGGGUGGAAAACACCGGCUCUAUGAACUGAUGGGUCUGUGCCAGAGGGUGUUUUCACUGCGUCCACGGAGAUGUUCUCAUCUGACGCGAAGUUGAGCUAAUACCCAUCUCAGGUCGCMGUUAGAGGUGAUGAUUUUGUUGAGGGUUUUCCCGAGUGUGUCCUCUCCCACUGGGAGAGUCCCAGGGACCUUCCUCAGGCAGUGUUUGUGUUGCUGGAGGURGGAUUGCUGUCAGAGGCUUCUGGAGGGCACGUGGGGUGAUGUGAUCCUGAGCCCCAAAUCCCCAGCAGCUGCCUCUUUUGCAGAUUUCCCAUUUGGUUUUCUAUGGGAAGACGCAUUUACAGAGACCCAAGACAGAGCAAAUAGGAUUGAUGUCUGGCAGCUUUCUUCCCUGGGGCAAGAAUUCCUGGCUGUGCCCUGAUUGGGAACUUUUGUUAGUCCCUAAAUUUUUUAUGAACUUCUGCAGAAUUGAACUGUGAUGGGUGGGAAGGGCUGGGGCACCCUGCCCAGGCUACAGCCAGCCAAGGAGAGUCAGCAUCCCUGGAGCUUCUUCUGGGAUUAUGUGUGUGCUGGGCAUGGGUCUGCCACGUAGGGGGAUGGUGCAUGAUUUGGGUGAGGUUGGGUAGCAGUGACGAUCUUUCUCAAAGCCCAUCUCCUGCCACAGGGCUUUUCAGGAAGCCCUGAAAGAAGAAAAGGAGAUGUACUAAAUUUGGGGGUUGUGACAGGGUGCAGGAGCAGAAAUUUAGGUGUUAGGGGCAAAAUCUAAAAUGCUUUUAAAGUUAGAAAGGAAGUGAGGAAGUCUGGUUCGUUGGACUCUCUGGAGCAUUUGUUAAAAUCUGAAUCUGUCCUGUAUAAUUUAAUCUCAAAAUGAGAUAUAGGGGAGCCUCAUGGGUCCUUGCCCAACUGGAGCACAGGMAUGUCCCAAAGUCUAUUUUUCAGGCUUUUAGUUCUUUAGUUUCAAGUUUCUUCUUGGCCUCGAGUGCAAAUAAUGGUUAUGUUACAAGUUACAGACACCCUCUGGCCAGGGGUUAAUCCUGGAACCUCAGUGUCACUCCUCAGGGCAGUGGCAGAAUUUGGCCCAUGUUUGUAGGGUGGAAGUGAAGGUGAGGAGCUCCUGGAGAUGAGUCUGGCCAGAGCCUUCAAGAAGGGCCAGGUGUGGAGGARGCUUCUGCACCCCCAGAAGUACAUGAAGACCAUGCUUUGAGAGGCUCCAGCUCUUCCCUGUCAACCUUUGCUUAUUAAAUACUUGUCAUCCCUUGGCUUGGGAGUCAUUAGGUGGAGGAGAUGUUGCUGCAUGGCUCUGUUGCUAGUGCAGAACUGGGAUCCUUGGCACAGAACUUCAUGGGACGGAUCACAGCAUGACCAUGAGAUACUGUCUUCCCUUCCUCUGGUUCUGUGCCACUCACUAAUGAGGAAUGAGGCUGAAGAGAAACACAGCAUCCCUGUUUGUAUGCUCCUGCUGUUAAAAUGGUGGGAGCAGCCAGAUGAGUGCCUUCAYUCUCCUUGCAGUGGUUUCAGGCACUGUCAGGAAGGUCAUGGAGGAGAUUCUCCAUUAGACAUGCUGUCUUCUUUCCCCUUCCCUCAAAAGARAGGAUUUUAUUAACAAAGUUACGAUUUUCUUUAAUUUAAAUAUAUUAAUGAAUGGAUAAGAUUAUAGAGAACCCUUAUUUUUCUAAAUGUUGUGUGUAGGGCAGGUAAUAAGUGUCCGUGGUUGUUCAGUGGUUCAGCAAGAAGAAAGGUAAAGCUGCUGAGAGGACUAAGAGUUGGGGAUAGGUUCAGCAGUGCUGCCUUAAGCUGUCUCACAGGUUUCUCGGUUCCCUUCCAUCCAGCUUUUUACCAAAACCACUAUUUCUAACACUAUGCUGUAGAGGAUCUCUCAGACCUUGUAGACCAGAAGCUCUGCACAGAUACCUUGGGAACUGCUGCUAGGGAUAUUUCUCUGAUUUACACCGUGGGUCAUUGGCCAAAGUCUUGUCUCAGCCAAGAAAAAGCCCAAAACCAGGUUUGGGAGUUGGAUUCAGCCUUUUCACACAUGAUGCUUAUGUGAUUAAAUUUUGAAGCUUACACUGUUGCGUAUGAGGUUUUCUGGAUGCUUGUGUUUGUACAUGCUGUCCUUUGUCAGACUGUAAUGUUGGUGGGUCUGUUUUUAACCACUUUUCUAAUUCCUAAUUGGUAUGAACUGUAACAUGAAUUGCCUUGAUUGAUAAAAUUUUGGAAAACAAAAAGAAGUUUAACUGUCCAUCUGUACCAAGUUGGUGGGGCUGGUGSUUCAGGGAGAUUUGGGGCUUUUUUUACCCUAGUCUUCACUGAAAUCAAGAUUGAGAUUAUUGUUUUAUUUAAAUCUUGCAUCCAURCAGCUUUGAUGCAUGUUUUAAAAGGAGGAGCGGGCAGUGACCCCACACUUGUGUUUGCAGUGGUGGCAGACGAUCCCACUCAGUUGAGGAUUGUCCUUCCUUAGGUCCUGACAGCAAAGAGAAUAGCUGUGCCUUCGGGCUGGCCUGGAAAAGGCCAUGUCCAGGUGAGCCCCAGUGUUGUGUCAGCACUUGGGAGUGAGGACCAUACACACCAAUAGGUUCAUGCCCCUGUUUCUACUGACAUCCACACCACUCAGGGGUUUGCUAGUCCAUGCUGCUGUCAGAAGACACGUACUUCAAGACUGUUUGUAGRGAUGAGCAAGAGGAGCUUGUUCUCAGCUUCUCUUGGGCGCUCCAGAAGGUUCUUCUGAUUGUCACCCUGGUGUCCCUUUCCAGAUGCCUCUGACAGCAAGGACACGGAUGGAGUAGAUGUUUGUGGCUGUGGGAGUACCAAGAAUGGAGCAUAUAAGACUCAUUUAGGAGCCUGCCUUGCCCYACAUCACCCCCUUUGCCCCAAAUAAUGUUUUUCCUUCCGUUUCCAUUGCUACCACAMAAACCAUAGCUGCCUUGUGCCACUGUGCAUCACUAACAGCAGCCAACACAUACAAUGUGGCUCGAGGGUUGAGAGGGACAUCAUUUAACUCCUUGUGCAAUAAAAGAC